AUGGCGUCUGUUACGUCGCUGGACCAGGACAUGAGGAAGCUGCGGAUGGACCGGUAUACGCCAAAAGCCGCGAAUGAAGUGCGGAGCUGGAUUGAAGAUGUACUAGGCGACAGGCUGCCGCCCGGCGACUUGCUUGAUGCGCUGAAGGACGGAACUGCGCUGUUUCCAACCCCAGGUGUCAAGUUCAAGAAAUCGGCAAUGCCAUUCAUACAGAUGGAGAACAUCUCACACUUUCUACGGGCUUGCGAGAUGCCGCCUCUCAACAUGCCUGCGCACGACCGCUUCCUCACCGUCGACCUCUACGAAGCCAAAGAUCCUGCCCAGGUCCUCCAAUGUAUUACAGCAUUCAGUCGAGUCGCCAACGCCGUGAAUCCUUCCAACAUUCCCUCUCCCAUAGGCCCGAAGCGUGGCGGCGGGGUAAUGAGCCCUACAACAACAGGCGGUGGCAGCGGUGGCUUCUCCAACACAGGCCUUUCGUCUCCUGGAUUCGGGCGCAGCAGAGGACCAAGCACCACGAGUACAGGCAGUGGCUCGACCACGUUCAACCCGCUUGCACGACCACCCGCGCCAGCACUGAGCCCAUCGCGCACAGGAGGGUCAAGCGCCUCAUACACAUCCAACGGCCUCCCCAAGUCGCCACCUGGAAAUGUUAGCAGCUGGAGCAAGAAGACUGACGAGGGUAUAACAGCGCCGGCAUGGAACAUCCACCAGUACGGCUACAUGGGCGGUGCAAGUCAAGGCAAUCAAGGCAUCGCUUUCGGUGGACGCCGGCAGAUCACCAGCGCUGGACCCCACGUGCCUAACCUCGCGGAGAAGGAGCGGAAGCGUCAGGAGAAAGCCGCCGAGGAGGAGCGACUGCGCUUGCAGGCGGAAGAAGCCGAACACAAGCGUCGUACCGAGCGUGAGGCAGAGGAGGAGCGGAUACGAGUGGAAGAAGAGCAGAAGUGGGAGGAAGAGAGCCGGAAGCAGCAGGAAGCCAAGCAGAAACGUCUCGAGCAACAGAAGCGAGAAUGGGAAGAGCAGGAGCGCAGGUGGAAGGCGGACGAGGAACAGCGCCAGCGCGAGGAACGCGAGGCGCAGGAGAGAAUCGAAACUGAGACGCGGCGCAAGCGGGCUGGCAGCGACGCGAGAUUGAAGGGCCAGUUUCUCAGUCAGUACCAAGCCGAGCAGGGCAGCAGACCGCGCAGUCGACGAAACAGCCAGGAAGAGGAGGGUAACGCUGAACGCGACCGAAUCCGAGAGCUCGAGCGUCAGCUGGAGGAGGCGAAAGAGCGUGAGAGGCAGUACCAGCUCGAGCGCGAGGGCCGUCUGCAGGAGAAGAAAGCAUCGUGGGCCCAGGCUGACGACCGCGCAUACCUGCGUAACGCGUGGGAGACUACUCAAAGACAGCCAGCGCGCCCACUCCCUGAACCUGCGCCACCUUCUCUACCAACCCGACCGCUUCCGGAGCCAUCGACAAGACCACUCCCAGAGCCUGCAACAAGGCCACUGCCAGACCCCACAUCAUACGCCAAGCCCAGCCGUACAGAUCGCUACCUCGCGUCUAACCCCGCACCUGCACCGCCACAGCCAACGACAUACAUUCCUCCCGAGCUCACUUCGACCUCUGAGCAGCGUGGUGAGGACGCCCGCCGUGCCGCGGCGCAAACCAAGACCAAGGCCGCUGGCUGGGCCUCCAAAUCGCUGCUCGAGCGCGAAAUGGAGCGUGAACGCGAGCGCCAAAAGGAGUGGGAAGAGUCUCAACGCGCUAUAGCAGCCGCAGCAAAAGAUCCUUCGGCAGGCGCUGGUGAAGGCCAGAGCUGGGACGUCAACCAAUAUGGUUACAUGGGUGGUGAUAACCAGAAUAAGCUUGGUGGUAUCAAUUUUGGCGGCAGGAGGCAGAUUGGAGGUCCGAGGCCGUUGGGACCGCGAUAG